AGGGAGCAGCAAGGAUAAGAGACGGAGCAGAAGAGAGCUGUCAGGCUGUGAGGAGGCAGCGUUGAGACAGCAUGGUUUUUUAAUUUUAAUGUUUUUUUUCUUCUUCCCUGGAAUACAUUCUCACCACAUCUCUGACACCCGACAAACACACGCACACGACUCAAAGACACAAGCCCACAGAUGGUGCUGCUACAUGCUGACUUGGAGUGCUAAAUUAUUUCCAGGAUUUGGACACACGCUCUGCUCACUGGGACUAUUUUAAAACAGCAUCUUUGUGCCUAGGACUCAAAUUCCAUUUGGAUUUCCUUAUCUGUACGAAUAUAUUUAUUUAUAUGAAAUGUAUGUAUAUUUAUUUUAACGGUGCACCACUUUGGUGCUACGGUGUGUGCACCUGGGAGUUUGGGCAGUCGUGAAUUGCCCAAAUUUGUCCGCUGUGGAACCGAAACUGUGACUUAGUGGGUGUUCUUGUGUAAGGAGGAGAAGCAGGAGGAUGUGCGGACCGGCGACUCUGAUGCUUCUAGUCCACCUCGGAGUCACCUUAACAGGGGCUUGGAAAGCAUCCCAGCCACGACUGCAGUUCACACACUCCGAACUGAUCCAGAAUGGGCGCCUGCUGACGCUGCCCCUGGAGGCGGGAGACCUGCACUCCUUGCUGCCCGAUGAAGAUGGAAUGCAUCUUUAUGUGGCUAUGAAAGAUAACUUGCUGUCCACCAGCAUGGAUGAUAUAACGCAGAACCCCCGAAAGUUGCAUUGGCCUGCAAGUCCAGACCGGGUCCAAGAAUGUCUCAUGGCUGGAAAGGAUCCAGAGAUGGAGUGUGCGAACUUCCUACGAGUCCUGCAGCCCUUCAAUAAGACUCACCUGUAUGUGUGUGGCACAGGGGCCUUCAACCCAAGGUGUGCUUUUAUAGCGACCGGCGUCUUCCGACAGUCAGGAUACCAGACCCUCUCCUACAGCCAAACAGAAUGCGGAAAGGGCAAAUGUCCGUAUGACCCUUUUCAGAAAACAGCUUCGGCAAUUGUCGAUGGUGAGCUAUAUGCUGGCAUUACUUCAGACUUCAUGAGCAGAGACUCUGCCUUCUUCCGUAGUCUUGGCAACCGGCAUGUCAUCCGCACCGAGCAAUACGACUCCACAUGGCUGCAGGAUGCCCAUUUUGUGCGGGUCGCGCCACUGUCUGAAACUGAUAAUCCAGAAGACGAUAAGGUCUACGUGUUCUUCACCGAGCGCGCUCAGGAGGCCGAAGGGGCCGCCGGGAAGGUACUCUACACCAGAGUGGCCCGGGUGUGCAAGAAUGACAUUGGAGGUCAGAGGAGUUUGGUCAACAAGUGGAGCACGUUCCAAAAGGCUCGUUUGGUGUGCUCAGUCCCAGGACCAGAUGGCCUGCAGACACACUUUGACCAAUUGCAGGACGUCUUCAUCCUCCAUGGCAAAGACAAGAAGAAUCCACUCAUCUAUGGCCUGUUUACCACUUCAAGCGAUAUCCUGAAUGGCUCAGCCGUGUGUGUUUACCGAAUGGAGGAUGUGGUUCGGGCUUUUAAAGGAAACUUUCUGCACAAAGAAGGGCCGCAGUAUAAAUGGGCAGAGUUUACUGGCAAGGUGCCCUACCCACGUCCUGGAACUUGUCCCAGCAGCACAUAUGGAAGCUUUAGCUCCACCAGGGAAUAUCCUGAUGAUGUCAUCUUCUUCAGCAGGACUCACCCACUGCUGGAGGAAAAUGUGUUGCCCUUGGGAGAGCGCCCCCUCCUUGUCAGAGUGGGUGUUCACUACAAGUUUAGCAAACUGCUGGUGGACAGAGUAGAAGCCGUGGACAGCACCUACGAUGUCCUCUUCAUCGGCACAGACUCUGGCCUAGUGCUGAAGGCCAUCCACCUGCCCAGAGAACACGGUCCUAGUCAGGAGGUCACGUUGGAGCAGCUGGAGGUUUUCCAGCACAAAUCACCAGUGACUGCCAUGGCGCUCUCUAAGAAGAAGCAGUGGUUGUUUGUGGGCUCCAGGGAAGGGGUCUCCCAGCUGGGCCUGUACCAGUGCGAGCUCUACGGCGAAGCCUGCGCUGAGUGUUGCCUGGCCAGAGAUCCGUAUUGCACAUGGGACGGACACGCCUGCAGCCCUUACAUGCCCACCGUGCGCAGGCGGAAUGCUCGACACCUCGGCGAGGACGAGGAUCCAUUAACUCAAUGUGUCAGACAAGGAGCCGGGCUGCAGGUGGAGGCCGAGCAGAGGUUGAUGAUGGUUGCCGAGGGCAACAGCACCUACUUAGAAUGUCUUCCGCGAUCCAGGCACGCUGCCGUCACUUGGUACAAGCAAGCCGGAGAAAACAGCCCUGAACUAAACCAGGUGAGGUCAGGCGAGCAGGUGGUGGUGAUCGAGCGAGGCGUCCUCAUCCGUCGGGCCGAGCUGUCUCACAGCGGCGUCUACCAUUGCCAAGUGGAGGAGCACGGCUACCACUGGACCGCCGUCACCGUCCACCUGGCGAUCUGGAGCCCCUCGGCCGAGCGACUGAUAACGACCUGGUCCGCCUCCUCGCAUCAGCCUUGGUACGGCGACGCCAUGACGCUGGUUCACCCGUGGAACCUGGGCCAGCACUGCCGCACUCUCGGGUAUCGCCUGCCUCGCAACCGCCGCCGCCACGGCGACGCGCUGGUGAUGGCUGUGAAGGAGAAGGCAAGGGGGGAAAAACACAACCACGGGGGAGGAAGGGGGGGAGGAGGUGGAGAAGGCGGAGGCGGAGGAGGGAGGGUAGCGGGUCGGAAGAGCAGGAGCAAACCGCAGCAAAGAGCGCCGAGGAGCGCUUGAAUGUGUCGCACAGCAAAGGCCCCCCCCCACACACACACACACAUAUUGUUCAGGGUGGGCCAAAAAUUCAUGACUCACUUCAUUGUAGGUAUAAAACAAGUAAAGGAAUGUCAUACGGUCCCAGAAACAGGCAGCGAUCCAUGAAUCAAACGAAGCAUGUACUGUAAGGGUACAGUUGCAUACCGAGGAGCAAGAAAUCUUUCAAAUGUUCACAUCAACAUCUUGAUGAUGAAGGUUUUAAUUUAUCCCAACAAAAGUCGGUUGUCCUGAGCUUUUUGGGUCUCCAACACAAUGCCUGUUUCAUCGAAACGUCUUGAUCUGAACAAAAGUCUUUCUGGUAGACCAUUAAGUUUCACCCAUUAUGCUGCAUACUUCAAUGAUGUCUGUUUUAGAACCCGAAUCAGCAUUUUUUCAAGCAUAGGCGUUGCAAAUCGAAUGUGUUUAUUUUUUUCUUCAUACAGUAACAACAAACUAAGCAUGUCGUUGCUGUCCUGUGAAAAACACGUACGUCCAUUUUUGUCAUUUAAAAAAAAAAACCCUAAUGAAAUGUCCGAAACAUGGACAGCUCCUUAAUGUUAACAUUUAAAAAAAAAAAAAAUGACGUACGUUUUUCAGCGGGCAACGAUAUUGAGAAAUAUGACUAACACGUCAAUCAUGAAUUCUCUCGCCACUCUGUACAUGGACAAAGACAUUUGCAUGCACUUGCCAUGUUAAAAAAAGGCAGUCUUUAUUACAUUUUAGUGGCAAGCAUUCACACAGUGAGUGUUUUGGAACUAAAGAAGUCAUCAGAUGGAAUAUUGUAGGUGGCAAAGCAGACUGAAGGAUCACCUGCGUACACUUUGACUGAAGAGGAGUCUUGUUCACAAAGUAAAUAUUACACGUGUAAAGUAAGUUUGCCCCUCGAUGAUCCGUUUUUGUGCUUUUGCAUGUUCCGGGCUACACACGCAACUUUCCACGCUUGUUUACAUCACAGACAAUUAUCAUGGACAUAGAUUUCGGCAUGAUCAAAUGCACACACACAAAAAAAAAUAGUGAUGAUGUUCAAGUUUCAGGUGAAAAUUCAGGAUGACGCUAAAAUGCAUUCUAAUAUUUCGGAGAACUCCUGACUUUGUCUUCUGGCUUCAUGAGACCAAGAUCAGUUGUGACAAUCGACCAACAGUUCCUCACCAUCAAUGGCGAGGCUUCAAACUAAUCCACAGAUGGGAGUGCCUAGAGACAGAGAGACAUAGAGGAGCCACAGAAAGGCUCUGAAAUGGAUGACCUUGAAAAUGUCUCGCUCUGUUCAUGAAUCAAACACCCAUUGUGAAUUUUGUUUGUUCCUUGUACCUUGUACAGAAAGUGUUUAACAAUGAACAGUUGGACAUGUGCUUUCAAAAGUUCAGAAACGGUUAUAUUAAAUUCAUAUAAAAGUUGUAUUGUGUAGUUUCGGUGCAUCCUGAAAUUUGACUUGAAACUUGAACGUGCCAAACGUUUUGUGAGUAGUGUAUGCACUGUAGCAUACAAUGCUAUGUUAAAAUAUUCACAGUGAGCACCAGCUGCUUUUUCCAGCUUUUCUCGAGGUCUUUUCAAAUCGAGCUGAGCGCAUGUGGUUGAUUGGGUUUUUUUUUUCAUCAUAUAUUGCAGAUCCAGAAGGUAAAUAUUGACAGAAAUGUGACAUUUUUUUUUUACUUUCGUGCACUCAAAUAAAAAAAGAACACAUCGCAUUAUAUCACAUUAUAAUGACUGCAAAGGAGCUACUAUUCAUCGAAAAAAUAUAAAAUGUACAUAGAAAUGUAGGCUAUGCCGAAAGGUCAAAGCGCAUCUGGGUCAUGUCAUUUAAUAUGUCUUAAUUAAAAGGAAAUGGCACUAAGAAGCUGAGUUGAGGGAAGAAAUAGUGACAGAAUACAGGAGAGCGAUUGUUUGACAGUCGCCAUAAGGAACAAUUAAGCACUUCCUUGCUCAAGGGCUCCCCCUACAGCUCUGAGGUAUGUUUUAACUUUAGAGCUCCUAAAAAAUGAAGCGCAGUCACAGAUUUGGUAAUAAAAAAAACAUGAGGAGUUAACUUGAAGUGUAUAAAAUAAGGUGAGAAUGUCAAAACAGUAAUUUAGAUGACGUAAGGACAGAGCGAGAAUUCUCGAUGUGCUUCGGAGGCGAGUCACUUGAUAAUAAUGCAACUCACUGGUGUACAUUUCAUUCUUCUGUAUUAUCAAGUUCCCUGAAACGGGGAACUCAGCAACCGAUUCAGAGAUUUUAUUUUAUUUUUUACAUCACUGGUACCCUUCUGUGGUGGUCACAAAAUGAUAAAGGAAAAGCAAAACAAUUGUGUAAUCCUUAAGAAACUAAAAAUGAGUCUUACUUGGUUGGUUAAAAUUUGCAUUGUCGUACUUUGGAGGUUUUACUGUUUGUAUCUCUACUUUUGAUUCAUUCUUAGGGUGUUUGGUGCUCCCCAUAAGAGGCUCUCACACAAAUUCAAGUGAACACAAUCUGGGUUGGAAAUUCUUGUUGCUAACCACGUGGGGAUAAAUGAGAAUUUAUCACAUAUUGGCAAGUGUCUUUUCAGUUUUAGCUUGCACACUAAAUCAAGUUGUGUCACAAAAAGACUGGGCAGAAUUUAAACCAACACGGAUGGAUUUUGAAGACCCACAAGCGGACUGUCUGUGGACUGUGUACAGAACCAGUUUUUUUUUUGUUUAUGUUUUGUGUCUGUAAAGUCAGGGCGUAUGAGGAACGUGUCGCCGGUGAUCCAAUGUACAUUCUGUAAAAUAAAGCACGUCUUGUGAUGGAAUGUUUUUGACAACAAUGAUGUCAUUAGCCAUGGCAGUUUCCCCAGUUUUGAAAGUGUUAGACCAACAAUACCGUUUCACGAGUUGUUGUUUUGUUUUUGUCUUUGUGUAUUUAUUUCCCUCACAAGCUGUGUGCUCACUCUUUUAGAAACUGUUUCCAGCCAUAAAUUAAUUGGAAACUUAUUCAACACACAAGUAAGUGUGUUACGAUAUAAAAGCUGAAACACGUUGUUUUCUUUUACUUAAUGAGUCUACAGGCAAAUACAUUAAAUUCCCAUCAUUGGUUGAUGAAUAAACACCAUGUUUAAAACCCCA